GACUGCAGUCCCGGUCCGCAAGGUGAUCUCCGCCUUACCUCAGAAUCCGGACACCCCGGACCUAACGUAGCAGCAAAGGGAAACAUGAACCAGAAGAUACUGAAAUUGGAGAACUUGAUACGAUUUCACACUGUAUUUAGGCAGCUGCACGGCCUGUGUCAAAGAAGAAUGUUAGCACAGUGGAGUCCUGUGUUUUCAUCUGCUUACCCAGUGGGGACAGCUCAGCUCUGCAUCCGACCCUGGCAAAUAGACCCAUUCGUUGGCGCGGCUCUAUCUCAAUAUAGGCUUCUAGUAACAAAGAAGGAAGAAAGAGCACAGAAAUCUCCAUUGUCCUCACCAAAAUUCAAAAAGGAAGUGGAGGUAUGGAUUGGAAUGACUGUUGAGGAACUGGCCAGAGCAAUGGAAAAAGACAUAGAUUGUGUAUAUGAAGCUUUAAUGAACACUGCUAUUGACAUAGAUUCACUUGAAGCACACUCACAUUUAGAUGAAGUCUGGAUCAAAGAAGUGGUAAAGAAGGCGGGGAUGAAGUUAAAAUGGAGCAAAUUAAAACAGGACAAAGUCAGAGAAAAUAAAGAUGCUGUAAGAAGGCCUCAGGCAGAUCCAGCUUUAUUAACCCCAAGGUCCCCAGUUGUUACUGUAAUGGGCCAUGUUGAUCAUGGGAAAACGACGUUACUCGACAAACUGCGAAAAACUCAAGUGGCAGCAAUGGAAGCUGGAGGCAUCACUCAGCACAUUGGUGCCUUUCUUGUGUCUUUGCCUUCUGGGGAAAAGAUCACCUUUCUUGAUACUCCAGGACAUGCUGCUUUCUCAGCAAUGAGGGCCAGAGGUGCUCAGGUCACUGACAUUGUCAUAUUGGUCGUAGCUGCAGAUGAUGGAGUGUUGAAACAAACUGUAGAAUCUAUUAAGCAUGCCAAAGAUGCUCAAGUUCCUAUCAUCCUUGCUAUAAACAAAUGUGACAAAACUGAGGCUGAUCCUGAAAAAGUGAAAAAAGAACUGCUAGCUCAUGAUGUAGUGUGUGAGGAUUAUGGAGGUGACGUUCAAGCAGUGCACAUCUCUGCACUCACGGGCGAUAAUCUGAUGGCUUUGGCAGAGGCAACAAUUGCUCUGGCAGAAAUGUUAGAACUGAAGGCAGACCUCAAUGGUCCAGUAGAAGGAACAGUAAUAGAAUCUUUCACGGACAAAGGAAGAGGGCCUGUUACUACAGCUAUAAUUCAAAGAGGAACUUUGAGGAGAGGCUCCAUUCUGGUUGCUGGAAAGAGUUGGGCAAAAGUACGCUUAAUGUUUGAUGAGAAUGGAAAAACAAUCCAUGAGGCCUGUCCCAGCAUGCCAGUGGGAAUUGUAGGCUGGAGAGACCUUCCUUCUGCAGGAGAUGAAAUCCUUGAAGUAGAAUCUGAGCAUAGGGCACGUGAAGUUGUUGACUGGCGGAAGUAUGAGCAAGAACAGGAGAAAAACAAAGAGAAUCUGAAAAUAAUAGAAGAAAAGCGAAAGGAACACCAAGAAGCACAUCGGAAAGCCCGUGAGAAAUAUGGCACUUUGCAUUGGAAGGAGAGAUCAUUUCUAAAGUACCAAGAAAAAAGAGAACAAAAACCCUUAAAGACAAAAGAGAAAGAAGAAAAGGAUUCAAAUGUACUUCCUAUAAUUAUUAAAGGUGAUGUUGAUGGUUCUGUUGAGGCCAUUGUGAACAUUAUGGAUACCUAUGAUGCUUCACAUGAGUGUGAACUUGAAUUAGUACAUUUUGGUGUGGGUGAUGUCAGUGAAAAUGAUGUUAACCUUGCUGAAACAUUUCAUGGUGUUAUAUAUGGCUUCAAUGUGAAUGCAGGCAAUGUUAUCCAGAAGUCUGCUACAAAAAAAGGAGUAAAAAUUAAACUUCACAAAAUCAUUUACCGCCUAAUUGAAGAUUUGCAGGAAGAACUGAGCAGCAGAUUGCCUUGCAUUGUGGAAGAGCAUCCAAUUGGUGAGGCUUGUAUACUAGCUACCUUCUCUGUAACAGAAGGGAAGAAAAAAGUUCCUGUGGCUGGCUGCAGAGUCCAAAAGGGUCAGUUAGAAAAACAGAAAAAAUUUAAAUUAAUCCGUAACGGACAUGUUAUUUGGAAGGGCUCAUUAACCUCAUUGAAACACCAUAAAGACGACAUUUCAGUCAUCAAAACUGGAAUGGACUGUGGUCUCAGUUUGGAUGAAGAAAAGGUAGAAUUUAAAGUGGGAGAUGAAAUUGUUUGUUAUGAAGAAAAAGAAGUUCCAGCUAAGACUUCUUGGAAUCCAGGAUUUUAA